GGCUGAGGAGCCAUAGUCGUUUGUCAGAAGAAGCUGCCUUCUUCCACUCGUUUGGUGGGUGGUUAGUAGUGGGGUGUUUUAAUUGUUGCUGGAAGUUGCUGUCGUUGCACCUGCCACCUUCGGACACCAUGUCUUCUGCAAAUUCCGAUGCCCAAGCCACCUCCACCUCAAGAGGAGAGGCGAACACCCAGCCGGGCACCCAGCUGACCGCCCAGUCGAGCAGUGAACCAAGCAACCAGCCCUCAACAAGCGGCCAGGGAUAUGUUUUGCCAGAAGGCAAAAUCAUGCCAAAUACAAUUUUUGUUGGAGGAAUAGAUGUUAGGAUGGAUGAAACAGAAUUACGAGGUUUCUUUACCAGAUAUGGUUCUGUGAAAGAAGUGAAGAUAAUUACUGAUCGGACUGGUGUGUCCAAGGGCUAUGGAUUUGUUUCAUUUUAUAAUGAUGUGGAUGUGCAGAAAAUAAUACAGUCACAGGUAAAUUUCCAUGGCAAGAAACUGAAACUGGGCCCUGCCAUCAGGAAACAAAAUUUAUGUAACCAUCAUGUGCAGCCACGCCCGAUGGCUUUUAAUCCGCCUCCUGCCCCACAGUUCCAUAAUGUCUGGGGUAACCCCAACACAGAAACUUUUAUUCCGCCUCCAGCUAUGCUGAAUCCUGUAACUCAGUAUGUUCAGGCAUACCCUGCUUAUCCUAGUUCUCAAGUUCAAUUCAUUACUGGAUACCAGAUGCCAUUAUACAAUUAUCAGCCACAAUGGCCUGCUGGUGAGCAAAGGAAUUUUGUGGUCCCUCCGGCUUAUUCAGCUGUUAACUACCAGUACACUGAAGUAGAUCCAGGAGUUGAAGUUCCGCAAGCAGAAAGCUCAGUUCAGGAACCUACCCAGGCCUCAGCAAAUGUCCCACAAAAGAAGUCUGUGGACCGCAGCAUACAGACGGUUGUAUCCUGUUUACUUAAUCCGGACAACAGAAUGAGAAACUCUCAGGUAUCUCAAGAUGAUUAUUUCAAGGACAAAAGAGCUCACCACUUUAGAAGAAGUAAGGGAGUGCUGAAAACCGUUUAAUGCAUUCAGACCCCAAGAGUUCCUGUAUUCUAGCCUUAUGGAAAGAUAAUGUGUCAGAUACUACAGGAUUUAAAAUAUUGUCUGUAAAGUGAAAAAUUGUUAAUUCUCUUAAGUGUUUUUAUAUUACAUUGAAACUAUUCUUUUGACUAUUCAGUUCUAGAAUGGUUCAAUGAUGAAUGUGUAACUGAAGAAAGUACAAGGAAAUAAGUGAUCAAAUGAAACUUCAGAAUUUUCAUGUAAAUGUUCUUUCAAACUACAAACUACAUUGUAAUGUUUUGAAUGUUACUUUAUAAACAUAAUUUGAAAAGGCA